CGUCUGCAGAGAAUUGCAUCAGUUCCAGUAAAUACUGAGUCAGAUAACAGCACAGACACUCUACUGGCACUCAUCAGCGGGUUUAUAAGGACUGGCCCAGGAGCAAGUGGCUGCCUUUGUGGUCAAGAUGAGACUCCUCCUGCUGCUGGUGGCUUUGGGGCUCUGCUCAGCCCAGUUCAAUCCUAACACAAGAUCCGGUCGCACCUCUAUUGUCCACUUGUUUGAAUGGAAAUGGGACGAUAUUGCUGCAGAAUGUGAGAGAUAUUUGGCUCCUAAUGGAUUUGGAGGUGUCCAGAUUUCUCCACCAAAUGAGAACAUUGUUGUCACCAACCCCUACAGACCAUGGUAUGAGAGAUACCAGCCAGUGAGCUACAAGCUUUGCACCCGCUCUGGGAAUGAGCAGCAGUUCAGGAACAUGGUCACUCGCUGUAACAAUGUUGGGGUGUAUAUUUAUGUGGAUGCCAUAAUUAACCACAUGUGCGGAGCGGGAGGAGGGUCCGGCACACAUUCCACCUGUGGAAGUUAUUUCAAUGCAGGGUCCAGAGAUUUCCCUGCUGUCCCCUAUACUGGCUGGGAUUUCAAUGAUGGAAAGUGCAAGACAGGAAGUGGUGAAAUAGAAAACUACGGGGAUGCAUAUCAGGUCAGAGACUGUAAACUUGUGGGUCUCCUGGACUUGGCGCUGGAGAAGGAUUAUGUCCGUGGGAAGAUUGCUGAUUUUAUGAACAACCUGAUCAGUAUUGGAGUGGCCGGGUUCAGACUGGAUGCUUCUAAGCACAUGUGGCCCGGAGACCUCCAGGCAAUCACAAGCAAACUCAAUAACCUGAACACACAGUGGUUCCCUAGUGGUAGCCGACCCUUCAUCUUCCAGGAGGUCAUUGAUCUUGGAGGUGAAGCAAUUUCAGCUAGUCAAUAUUUCUCCAUUGGACGUGUGACUGAAUUUAAAUAUGGUGCCAAGCUUGGUACAGUCAUCCGCAAGUGGAAUGGGGAGAAGUUGUCUUAUCUCAAGAACUGGGGAGAAGGCUGGGGCUUCAUGCCAAAUGACAGAGCCUUGGUGUUUGUAGACAAUCACGAUAACCAGAGAGGUCACGGCGCAGGAGGUUCCGCAAUCCUCACCUUCUGGGAUGCUCGUUUGUACAAGAUGGGAAUUGGCUUCAUGUUGGCGCAUCCCUACGGCUUCACACGUGUCAUGUCCAGUUUUAGAUGGCCUAGAAACUUUGUGAAUGGAAAAGAUGUGAAUGACUGGAUUGGUCCUCCCACUAAUUCUGAUGGGUCUAUAAAGACCGUUCCUAUUAACCCUGACACAACCUGUGGAGACAAUUGGGUGUGCGAGCAUAGGUGGCGUCAAAUCAAGAACAUGGUCAUCUUCCGUAAUGUUGUAGAUGGUCAACCCUUCUCUAACUGGUGGGACAAUGGAGGCAAUCAAGUUGCCUUUGGUCGCGGAAACAGAGGUUUCAUUGUCUUUAACAAUGAGGACUGGUACAUGGAUGUCAAUUUGUAUACUGGACUCCCAGCUGGUACCUACUGUGAUGUCAUCUCAGGGCAAAAAGAGGGUUCUCGUUGCACUGGCAGACAGAUCAGCGUAGCAAGCAAUGGUUAUGCCCGCUUCCAAAUAAAUAACACAGAUGAGGAUCCAUUUGCUGCAAUUCAUGUAGAUGCCAGAUUAUAAAUACACAAACAGCUGUAGAAACUUCUUGUAUAAAUUGUCUCUUCAUAUACCAUGAAAAGUUGUUUAUAUUACAGAUAAUGUUAUGCCCACUCAUGUGCCAAGAUCAGGAAACAGUCUUUGUCUGACUUGUUUAUAUCAAUAUAUUUUGCUAAUAAACUGAUGAUUGAGUAAGCUA